ACAAAAUAUCCCUCUUCUGCAAACUUCUUUUUAAGCCAUUGGAGCAAUAUUUAAUGUUCAAAAAACCUCACAGAUCCAACCCAUACAUUACCAAUUAGAUUCCCCCAUCCAUCUCUGUCCAGUGUCCAGCUUGUUCAUUGAGAGAGAGAGAGAGAGGGAAAAGAAAAUUUUAAGAGAUGGGUUUCUGAGAAGUUGCAGGGGAGUAGGGUCUUCAAAUUUUGAAUAUUAUGAAUCCAACCAAGCAUAAAAACAAAGUUCUUCUGGCUAGCUCUGAACUGACCCCCCAUAAGAUUGGCCCACACUAUGGCAAGUGACAUACAUCAACAACAGAAGAAAGAUUUCAAGAUUUCUCCUGUUUGGGUUUUUUAUUUUUUUAACUAUUGCAUUCAUCUACUGCCAUCUGAGAAGAAAGCUGUGAAAUUUCUGACCAAAAAAAUGAUGCUUCUGGGGACCUGAGAAAAUGCACAAUGUUCUUCAAAGUACAGUUUAGUGAAAAGGAGCGAUAAUACGAAGGGAAGUGAUUUCCGCACACCCGAGAUGAGAUCUAACGAAGAUUUGAAGUUGGCAAUGGUGGAAGAAAACCCAACACCAAAAUCUGCUGAGUCCCCUCAGAAAUCUCCUCUGGACACCAUGGUUUCCAAUGUCCUCACCAUCAAAACAGCUUCUUCAGCAGCAGCUACAGGUAAGGAAAUUACUGCUCUGUCCUCGCCCUACAGUUCCCCUUCCUUAAUCUCCCCACCCUCCUCAGCAUUUGUUUCGGCUCUCCAGUCGCCUUACAUUUCCCCCAGAGCCUCAACCCCCAAACCCCAGGAAACCCAGCAGACCCAGCAGACCUCAAACCCAGCAACUACCCUGUCCUCACCUUACAGGGGUCCACAGUCAGAUGACAUACCCAGCAGCUCCUACACUCCGCCGUCGGACCUGUACGAGUACUCCGACGACGUCUCCGACCCAUUAAAGCACAAGUUCGACAAUGCCCCUCCCCGCAUUUCCUUUUCCUUUCCGGUCCCUCGGAUUUCGUUUGCCAAAUGCGGCGGGGCAGGCGGCCCUGUUUCCCCUGCUUCCUCCGCCACCAAGCUGCGGAGCUGCGACGUGUACAUCGGAUUCCACGGCCAAAAUCCCAACUUGGUGAGGUUCUGCAAGUGGGUGAAAUCGGAGCUUGAGCUCCAAGGCAUCGCAUGCUUUGUGGCGGACAGAGCCAAGUAUUCGGACUCUCAGAGCCAAGAGAUUGCUGACAGAGUUAUCUGCUCAGUCACCUAUGGAGUUGUGGUGGUUACGAGCUCGAGCUUCUUGAACCAUUUGAGUAUGGAGGAGGUAAGGCUUUUUGCCCAGAAGAAGAAUCUUUUUCCCAUUUUUUUCGACACCAGUCCUGAAGAAGUUUCAGGGAUUUUGAACUACAAUUCGGUUGAGAAAGAGUGCAGGGAGGCGGUUGAUGGGAUAAUGAAGUGUAAUGAGUAUAAGUUGGAGGCCAAUGACGGGAACUGGAGGAGCAUUGUGUCGAAAGCGGCCGGAGUUUUGAGGGGCAAGCUUGGGAGGCAGAGCGUUUCACAGCAGACGGAUGUGGAGGGAGUUGAUGAGCUGCCUUUUUCGAGGAAUAGGUUUUUUGUUGGGAGAGAGAAGGAGAUUGCAGAGAUUGAAACCGCAUUUUUUGGUUCUUCUGGGGACUUAUUGGAGCAGGAAUGCUCGGUGGUUAAAGGCGAAGCGAGUGGCCAAUCGGAAGGGUUAGCUGAUGAGGAGAGUGAAGUUGUUACUACUAGAGGGAGGUACAUUAAUUUGGAGGUGGGAAAAUGCAAGGAGCCUAACUUGGAGGCUUGGAUUGAACCACCAGUUGUGGGGCGGAAUUCGUUCAAGAGGUCGAAGUACAAGAGAGCGAAAAGUGGAAGUUACAAGGGCUUGGGGAGUAGUGUGAUCUGCAUAAAUGGGGUUCCCGGGAUUGGCAAGACGGAGCUUGUGUUGGAAUUCGCUUACAGGUAUUCCCAGAGGUACAAAAUGGUGUUGUGGAUAAGUGGGGAAGCUAGGUAUUUUAGGCAGAACAUAUUGAAUCUGUCUCAGAAUUUGGGGUUGGAUGUGAGUGCUGAUGCUGAGAAGGAUAGAGGAAGGAUUCGAAGCUUUGAGGAGCAGGAAUUCGAAGCGUUUAAGAGGGUGAAGAGGGAGUUGUUUAGGGACAUGCCUUACUUGAUCGUGAUCGAUAAUCUUGAGACUGAGAGGGAGUGGUGGGAAGGGAAGGAUUUACAUGACUUGAUCCCAAGGAACACAGGAGGGUCUCAUGUGAUCAUCACAACUAGGUUGUCGAAAGUAAUGAAUUUUGACGCAAUGCAGCUUCCGCCCUUGCCUGCGUCAGAGGCAAUGAUUUUGAUUAGAGGAAGGAAAAAGAAAGAGUACCCGGCUAGGGAGUUGGAAUUUCUGACGAAGUUCGAUGAGAAGUUAGGAAGGUUGAGUUUUGGUUUGUGGCUGAUUGGAUCGCUGCUUUCGGAACUAGCCAUUGCGCCUUCUGCUCUCUUCGAAGCUAUCAGCCAAGUUCAGCUUGAUGAGGGCUCUCCUUGCCCUUUCAUAAGCAUCACUGAAGAGCAGUACUACAAGAACAACAUUUUCCUAAUGAAAGUCAUAGCUUCUUGCUUCGCCGUCUUGCAACAAUCUAAUGGGAGAAUCAAUCAUCUUGCGUUAAGAAUGCUUCUUGUUGGCGCCUGGUUUGCUCCAACACCGAUUUCCUUGACUCUGCUGACUACUGCAGCUAACAAUAUGCCCGCCACAGAAAGCCGGCUAAGGAAGUGGACUAAUUGCAUAAGUGGCUGCUCUGGUUGCUUUGGACCACAAGCAUGGAAGAGUAGCGAAGAAGAUUCAGCACUGCUUCUUGUUAAAUUGGGAUUAGCGCGAGCGGCAAAAAAACCAUUCGGAUGCUGGAUCCAAUUCCAUCCCAUUACACAAGUAUACACAAAGAGAAAAGAAGGUUUAGUAGCUGCCAAGGCAACAAUUCAAGGCAUAAGAAAAAUUGGCAAUCCAUUGGUGAACCUAGACCAUCUUUGGGCUACUGCAUUCCUUGUUUUUGGUUUCAAAUCCGAACCUCCCCUCGUCCAGCUAAAGGCGAUCGACAUGGUUUUAUACAUCAAGAAAACCGCCCUCCCUCUCGCAAUCAGAGCAUUCACAACCUUCUCCAGAUGCAACUCGGCAUUGGAACUUCUAAAGGUGUGCACUAACGUACUUGAAGAAGUAGAGAAGUCGUUCGUAUCACAAAUCCAAGACUGGUGCCACGGCUCUCUCUGCUGGAAGAACAAGCUGCAAAGCAACCAGAGGGUAGAUGAAUACGUGUGGCAAGACGUGACGCUGUUGAAGGCGACAUUGCUGGAGACGAGGGCAAAGUUGCUGCUUAGAGGUGGGCAUUUCGACAGCGGCGAAGAGCUGUGCAGGACUUGUAUCAGCAUCAGAACAGUGAUGCUAGGGCAUAACCAUGCUCACACAUUGGCAGCUCAAGAAACUUUGGCAAAGUUAGUAAGGAUGAGAAGCAAAAUAUAAAUCUCCGUUGCUUUGGAAACAAGCAAGCCUUUGUUCUAUGAGGAACUCAGUUUUGUUAACACUUGUAAUCAAAUCUUAGUUUAGUUUGUAAUAUCGGCAAUUUAGUAGACCAUAUAAUUUCCGGUUAGAGAAUAAGAGCACUGAAAUUUUGCA